CUUGGAACCUCGGAGCCACGCGCCAGCCGCCGCAUUCCGAAUUUCACUGCCUCAUUCUCGCAAGCUGCAUCGCUGUGCUAGUUCGCUUGGUCUAGCUUCCUCCUACGCACACCUCAGCGGCCCAGGAUUCACGCCCGAAUAGCCGCUGAAUUUCGUCUCUGAGGGGAACAACGCGCUCGACCCCCGUCCCAGAAUAUCUCGAAGAUGUGGUUCCUCUUCAGACGGCAGAAGACGGCUCCCCCGCCAACCAAGCCGUCGUCUGGCAUCCCUGCACCAGCGUCUCGGAGGCAACGGUUUUGGAUGACGAUGGCGAGGCUUGAAAGAAACAGGCCAUUCGUCUUGUUCUUGGAAUUGUUGAUCGUGCUGUUGUUACUGGCCUACGUUGGCCUUUUCAUCUACUGGUGGGAGCUGCACCACCCGAAACCACCUUUGGGCAUCCUGAGGGGAGAGCUCCUCAAGGAUUUCGACCGCUACUCACCGGACGACAACCACACCGAGCAAGUGCUGGCGGAAGUGCUCGGUCCCAGCGUCGAGCCAAGCGUGAAGUGCGUCACACCCGGCUGCCAGUGGCUCGAGAAGCAGACGUCCGAAGGCGUGCACUGGAGACCCGAAGCCUGCGCAGACUUCUACGGACACGUGUGCAAUGGUCGCGGGUCUCUCUACCGCCGUGCCUCCGAGGACCUGAUGGUGGCCGUGGUGAAACGCGCCCUCAAGGACGCCACGAGCCACCAGGAAGGCGAGGACUCCGAGGCGUCCGAGCACGUCCGCAUGCUCCGGCACUGCGUCAAGGGCGACCUAGGUGCCUCUGACUUCGCUUUCGCUUGUGAUUUCAGCAAACUUGGUGGCACCUCCUCCCGCCCUUGUCCCACGGAUUAUCCACACGUUCCUCGCGCACUGUCCGAGCUGGUCUUUGAGCAGGACAGUGACGUCACUGUCGAAGAGUUCGUGUCUCGCGUGGAAAGAACCGUUCGAGAACUCGAACUUCCCAUAACACUGGAACACAAAACGCCUAAAGGCAUAGAAGAAAGCCGUAUAGAAGAUAUCUGUACGUGGCUAGCUGAUUCAGCGCGCUGCGAUCUCAGGGAAAAAUUCAGUGUUACCGGUGACGUCGUGACCCACUAUCAGACGCUGUGGAAUGAACUCUACUUUGCACCUCUCUUUGAGACGAAGGAAGAAAGCGCGCUGUGGGAGUUGCGGGGCGGUAGAAAGAGUGCCCGCAAGCGGGCCUGCACCCACAUUCACGAGAGGCUUUUCAGGGUGCAAAGUAUCAACCUGGCCACGGCCGUGCUGGACAAGAGGAUGGGCAACGUCCAGGAGACGGUGGUGCAGGUUUUGGAUACCGUGCAGCACAUGCUGAGUCAGCGGGUGCCGUACUGGCUCUCCAGACACGAAGAAGACGAGCUUCUCCGCUACCAGGAGAAGCGGAGACCGGCAUAUCUGGCUGAGUUGAAGGCAGUGGGCGUGGAGCUGGCAGGACUAUCCGAGCCUUCAGCUUCUGACCUUGGAACGUCAGUCUUCUCCUGGAAGAUCAGGUAUGACCAUGAUCGAAACGUGUUGACUGUGCCUCACGGUCUCAUGGCGACCAUGGUGGAGAGUGACGUGGAAGAGCCUGUGCUGGCGGUCCCUGUUUCGGCGCCCAUUAUGCGUCUCCUGCUGCCACAGCCGGAGGGACCGUACUCCUGGAAGGACGGUCACGACCAGCACCUUGCCUACGUCACGGAGUGUUUCCGGUCGGUGCACAACGCCACCUUGGACGUCGACGGCAACGCGACUCUCCUCAAGGAGCUCAUCUACGAGUCCGCGCUUCUCGGCCCGCUGUUCGACGUCUACCGCAAGACCAUCUUCGAGACCUUCGACGGGGAGGUCUACAUGCACGAUCGCUACGACAACUGGCAGCUUUUUUACGUCAUCUGGACCAUGACGCACUGUGGUGACCCGCAGAGCGCCGACUUGGUGAACGCGGUGUUGAGGAACUCCGUGCGUUUCACGCGGAGUUUCGACUGCGGGCUCAAGGACGCCAUGUAUCAGAGAAGGAAGUGCAACUUCUGGGUUUACUGGUGACCAAUAAGACAUGGUGCCGCUUGUUA